AUGCAAGUCCCCAUCAAUGCCGACCAAUCUCUACAGUUCGAAAGAAGAGUGGGUUUCCCCAAUGGUGAUACGGGCAAAGUUACCUUCACCUACGAGGGCUUGUUCCGACACUACUACACCUGCAAGAGAAUCUCCCACGAGGAACGGAGCUGUCCGGAGCUGAAUGAAGCGCAGAGAGAACUCAAGAGAGCUCAACGUGCUGUACCAGAACUUAUAGCUCCACAAAACCAGGGGAGACACAACUAUGCUGCACGAAAGGCAAAUGAGUUCCCUGAAAGGUCUCUCUCGCCUCCACACUACAAAAGAAAGUAUUCUCCAAAUGGAACAAGAAUGGAAACGAACGAAAACAGAACAAGGAACCACUCAGCUGGACACAUAACAAGAGAGAAUUGGCGUACUGCCCAGAAUGAUAAGUUGACCCGCAACAUGAGAGAUCUCCGCAAGGACUUACAGGACAAGCGAGAAUACCGUGGACGUGAGGUCUGGAAGCGGUUAGACGCAGCUCAAGAUAGAACUAUUCCCCGACCUCGGGAGCGAUACCAUCCAUACUCGAGAAAUCAGUAUGAGACUUGUUUGUCUAACUUAAAGGCACCGACAACUCGACAAGUCUGGAGACCAAAAUCACCUAGGAAUGACAGGAGAAAUGUAUAUGAGGAGACUCCCCAGACCAGGAACUCAGUACAAGCAGAGAGGAGUCAUACCUCGCAUGUGGAUUCACAACGAACUAUAUCAGUACAAGAAACUAACCCGAUGCAACGGAGAGGGAAGCUUGUGGUAUACCAAGGCGAAACGGAGCAAGACAGACUGAGAAGGAUCAAAGGGAAAGGGAUCUUGGUCGAGGCACCAAAAAAGACAAAGCAACAAAUGUUCCAGAUGGCAAUGCAGAAUAAUAUGAAUGCUACGUUUGCCAUCCGAGAUCCACAAGAGCAAGUGAGAAUACCAGCGCAGACCCUCCCUGACCGUCCAAAGCAGACUUCAGCACAAAACACAAAUCAGAGAUCAUCUCCUCCAAAGGAAAAAACCGACAUGUCACUAUCCCCACGAGAAAGCCCGGAAAAGGAGAUGACAGAGGGAGAAAAGAUGGCUCUGGAUUUAGAGAUGGAAGAGCUCUUUCAAGAAGCAGAAGCAGGUCUUAUGGAUGAUGAAAUGAUGGAGAAUGAUGAUUUGCUUGGGGAGGAGAUGGAUGAGGAUGCAGAGAAGGUAGAUGCAAUUUCUCAGCUAUCACCUGAACAUCCUUCGCAUGGGGGAAACCAGAAGAAUGCUAACAGGCCUGAGCCCCAUCGUGUAGGAACCAAAUCAAAGGGAGAAAGCAACAAACCACAAAACGUGCCAAACAAGGAAGGUGCACAACAAGACCUGAGAAGCAAAUCUGGGAAGCAACCCCCUAAGGUCAACGAUCACAAAGGCUUCAAAGCCUCAAAGAAACUUAAUGCCUUAAGAGCCAAACCAUCUCAAAAGAAGAAACCAUGA